UUUGAUGACUUCACAUGGGAUACAAUUGCAGCUGUGUCAAGCUUGUGCUGAAGAGACCACCAAAGCAAUCAUUGAUGAUAUUGGAGAUAUAAAUUUUUCUUUACCUGUUGAUGAGUCUAGAGAUGCAUCAAUAAAGGAGCAAAUGGCUAUGGUUUUAAGGUAUGUCGAUAAACAUGGGUAUGCGAUUGAGAGGUUCAUUGGGAUUAAGCAUGUUGGUGACACAAGAGUGGCUUCUCUAAAAGCAGCUUUGGAUGGUAUGUUUCUUAAACAUGGCUUGUCUAUGUCUAAAUUGAGAGGGCAAGGGUACAAUGGAGCUUCUAACAUGAGAGGAGAAUUUCGUGGGUUGCAAAGGUUGAUACUAGAUGAAAAUCCUUAUGCAUUUUAUAUUCAUUGCUUUGCCCAUCAGUUGCAGUUAGUGGUUGUUGCUGUUGCCAAGUGUUGUUCCUCUGUAUUGGAUUUCUUUAACCACGUAACUUUGAUUGUCAACACUGUCAAUGCUUCUUGUAGGAGACAUGAUGAACUAGCCCAAGAACAACAUGAUAAUAUUGUGAGUCAAUUGGAGUCCAGGGAAAUUUUUUCAGGAAGAGGGAAAGACCAAGCAACCAACCUUGUAAGACCUAGCUAGGGAUACACGGUGGGGCUCACAUCAUAAAACUUUGUGUCAGUUUAUUGAGAUGUGGACAUUUGUUUUGCAUGUAGUAGAGAACAUUCAUGAUGAUGCAGAAAAUUUAACACA